AACUUUGAUUAAGUAAAAUACAAUUAUUUAGAGUAAUGAACCGGAUAAGUAUAGGAAGAAAACAUAGACAACCACUGAAGACUUGGAAGUCUUACACCUGCCUCUCGAAGAGAGAGACAAAACACCACAGACUACUUCAACUCUUAUGCCUAUAAAUACACAUGUUUCUUUGAGGGGUUUCUCAUCCCUCACAAAGAAACUUCGAAGAAUUUAAGGUACGUAGCAGCAGCUUUAGAACAAUGAAGAGUGCUUAUUUCCCUGUAGCUUUUGUCCUCUUGGCUUUUGCUUCCUCCUUUGCCUCCGCAUAUGACCCUAGCCCUCUACAAGAUUUCUGUGUAGCCAUCAAUGACACCAAGACUGGUGUGUUUGUGAAUGGGAAGUUUUGCAAGGACCCAAAGCUUGUUGUAGCAAGCGACUUCUUCCGUUCAGGGUUUGACAAGCCAAGAAACACAUCCAAUGCGGUUGGAUCUGCUGUCACUCAGGCAUUUGUUGAACAAUUUCCAGGCCUUAACAAUCUUGUAGUCCAAGAAGGCACCCUAUUUGUCGGCUUCGUCUCAUCUAAUCAGGAUGGUAACCAUCUCUUCACCAAAGUGCUGAACAAGGGAGAUGUAUUUGUUUUCCCUAUUGGUUUGAUUCACUUCCAGCUCAAUAUAGGGGAAACUCCUGCUGUUGCCUUUUCUGGUUUGAGUAGCCAGAAUCCAGGCACAAUCAUAAUUGCAAAUUCUGUUUUCAAAUCAAAUCCACCCAUUAAUCCUGAUGUUCUUACCAAGGCUUUCAUGCUGGACAAGAAUGUCAUCAAGUAUCUCCAGUCUCACCUCUAAAGGAUAUAUAUUUUAAAAAAAAAAAAAGAAGAAGUUAGAGAAGACUUGAACAAGGCAUGUUUCAACUCUUGCUUGUCUGGAUUGUGUUUGAGUGCCAUAUCUCUAUUUGAUUAUUGGUUCCAUAUAAUACCUCAUCUACUACAUAAUAAGAGGUUGUAAUAAGAUGUUGCUUAUAGCUCAAUACAUAUAAUAAAGAAGUUUGCCUAUU